CGACCUCUUAUUAUUGAAAAUAAUUAACCUUAUCGAAAAUGCGAGUGAUCAUCCUUUAUCAAAAGCAUUAACCCAAUAUGUUAACCAAACUUUAUUAAAAGAUGUUCCGAUAACUACUCAUAUAACUCUGGAUUCUGUUGAGGAAAUUAUUGGCAGAGGUCUUAAAUCUCAAAUAACCAUUCACAGUACUGAACUUUUAACCUAUGAAGUCUUUAUUGGUAAUGAGAGAUGGUUAAAAGAGAGUGGUUGUAUUUAUCCACCUUAUGUCAUUCAAGAACAAGCAAACGAAACACUAUUAAAAUGGAAAGAAUUGGGUUAUUCUAUCGUUCUUGUUGGUCUCUUAGAACGCAAUUUUUCUGAUAAAAAUCAAAAAGAAGCGGUAGAUCCUGGAUAUAUUUUAGCUCAAUUUGGAAUAGCGGAUACACCAAGACCUGACGCUGAGAAAACUGUCAAUAUC